AUGGACGUGGCUUCAAUGUGCUAUCCUUCCGUGGGCUAUGAAAUUCAUGGUUCUUCCUCUUCAAAGACGUCGUCAACUACUGUUCAAAUUCCAUCCCCUAUACUAAUACCCUCCGGAUCGUCGCCUAAUAACGCGUUAACGCCAAAACCAUAUUUAUCAAGAAAUGAAAAUUCUCAUCAACCAUCAUUUAACCGAUGUGAAUCUCCGCCAUUGCCUACACAACCGCUUCAUAAUGAUGUUCGUUUACCACCCAUAGUUGAAAAUCUACAACAAAAUAGUAACGACGUUCGUCAAUCUUCACCUUUUCCAAACUUUGCAACACAUCAUCAGCCAUCAACGCCACGACAAUCAUCAGCCAAACCAAUUCAACCAGGAAGUCAUAUAAAUAAUGACAGCAAUAAUCAAUAUCCAUCUGUUUGGAGUAGACAAAUGCCACAUAAUGUGGCUGGUGGUCCAUUUUUUGAUCAGCCACAACAGCCGCAAGAUACGCAGAUCCCACAACCACCACAACACGAAAUCAAACAAACACAACAAAGAUACGAGUAUCACUACUCACCGCCACAAUUCAAUAAAGAGCAACAACAACAAUCUUGGCCUAUUGAAAAAAAUGCUGAUCUUGAUAAGGUGGUAGAACAUUGUAAUGUGAUUGGACAAUUUGCAACACAAUAUUGUGGUGAAUCUAAUACUAAUAAGUCUGGUGGUGCAUUUUCAACAAACACUUGGCAUCAUGCAUCUUCGUCGUCAUCAACAACAUUGUCGUUAUCUCAGUUUUCUGUUUCCUCCGAGAAAACGAUAAAUGAAAUGUUGGCGAGAGCGUGUGAGGUUGUUAAUGUGUUGACCAGUAUGAAAAAUGAUCUUUGUAAUAAUAAUAAUAGAUCAGAUGAAAUGACUGAAGUAGAUAAAAUGGAUAACAUUAUCAGGAAUAAACGACCCAGUAUAACCGUAUCUCCGCGGACAAAAUACCGAAAACGAAGUAAGCGCGCCGCGCCUCCAGGGAGAUGUCAUUCGUGUAAUAUUUCCGAGACUCCAGAGUGGCGUCGUGGUCCAGAUGGCGCGAGGACAUUGUGUAAUGCUUGCGGACUGCAAUCAUCACCAGUCAUUAUUGCUCCUGCUCCCACUUUACAAAACUCCACUGAUCCGAUGGCGAUGUCAAAAUCGACACGCGUCAGUGCUAUCAUUCUUGAUAGAGAACAACGUUCAAAGCGAUCAAGAAUAGAACCACGUGUUGAGCAAGACAAUCUUCAUCGUUUAGUAACGAUGAAGGGUGAAGAGGAUCAUGAAAGUAGUAGGCGAUUAAGUUGA